AUGGGUUGCAGGCGCCUUCUCUCAUGGCACCCUGCCAAGAUCUUCGGCUGCCUAGUAUUUCUGAGUUUCUCUGUGGAGGCAGUAGAGGAAGGCAACCCGACCUGCUGGCAAGAAGGCUUCUCCUAUGAAAUGUGCUGCGAUGAGAAGUAUGGGCCUGAAGGCAACGAAGAAUGCUGGGAUGGGAUGCACACCUUUCAAACCUGCUGCUUACCUGGAGUCAGCGGAUAUUCGCCAGUGGCAGGCUUCGAGGAUCUCAUGGCCCGGGGCUCCACCGGAGAUGUUUCGGUCUUGCCUGCGAUCAUUCAGCUCAUCAGCUCUGGCGGCGAGGACUGCACGAAGUCUUCUCACCCCAAUGCUUCCGGCUGCGAUACGGGAGGCGACGGGAUCUCGGGCAGGCAGUGGAAAGCUUUCUUCGAGGGUUCAUCGAUGUCGAAAUUCAUGCGUUUACAGCCCUGGCCUCCGGAUGGAGAGCCUUCGAAACUCUGGAAAGCAUGCUGCUCCGACUCUAGCAUGAGCAUCCGUGAUCGUGUCUUGACAUUGGCCGAGUCUUGUGCCGCCGGAGCAGCUGCUUUGGUUCUGUCUGUUCUUCCGCAGCUUGACGCAACCUCCCCCACAGCCGCGCUCGAAGGCUAUGCUGUUGGCUCAGAGCUGGCUGUGAGAUUGCAGGAAACUGGGGACUGCCGGUGGCUGUACCAGACAAAUCGAGCUGCUUGGAUGCACUACGACUGGUUCAUGUCACCACCGGAAAAAAUGCUGCCAUGUGUUGGAUCCGUUCGCAUCUUCGUCGACGAGCGUGACACGGCAUCGGUGCUGCGAGAGGCCCCUCUCAGCUGUGCACAUCGAGGCCUCUGCUUCACAGAGGUCUGGGUACACGAAUUCUUUCAACGCGCGAGCUGUCGCGUAGACGAUCCCGCCCAGGCUGAUUUUGUUUACGUGCCCAUCUACUUGUCCUGCUACGACAUGCAGGGGCCAAAGCGGGGCGACCAAGCCCUCGCCCUGGAAAAGUUGAUGGGAGACCUAAUGGCACAGGAGGGCCCACCGGUGUUGUUGGUUUUUACUUGCGAGAAGUGGAAGAUGAAAGGAUGGAGGAGCCUGCUGGGCCGCGAAGGUGAUCGAAUGCGAGACCACGUGGUGGCUGCAGUGGAGACUCGACCUCUCUUGGGCCCAGAAGACGAUGAAAGGAUCCUUCCGGGGACUGCGUGGAGUUGUGAGGACUGCUUUCGAUUUGGCUUGGAUGUGGUCUUGCCAUCGGCCGUUCCGGCACCCGAAGCCUAUCGACUUCGAUUCUUCAACAGGGAGCUAGACGAGCGAACCCUUCUGCUGGUUUGGCGAGGGGAGCACGCCGAGUCGGAUAUUAGGUCAGACGUGCGAGAAGGUUACCUCGAGGUAAACGAGACAGUGCGACCAAAAAUUAUCAAGUAUUUUGAGAGCAAGCCCGAUGCCGAUGUGGGUCGUCCCUCCAUGCGAUACAGCUUCCUCAUGGGUAACUCGCACUUUUGUCUAGUGCCACGUGGUCGUGGCUGGUGGACGGUCCGCCUUUUCGAGGCUUUCUACGCCGGCUGCAUACCGGUUCUGCUCAGUGACGACGUAGAGCUGCCGUUCGAGGAUUUCCUGGAUUGGGACACCUUUUCUCUGAAGUGGCCAAUGCAUGAAGUCGGGGAGAGCCUCUACUUGCAUUUGCGGGCCUUGAAGCGCGAUGAGCGCAAGAUGAGGGAGCUUCACGAAGGUGUGCGUGCCGUCUCUUGCUGGUUCGAUUUCUUGGAUCCGUCGGGUGAAUGCUCGCCGUAUCAGGGCCUCUUAAGGCAACUGGCCCGCAAACGGCAGAUGAGGCCCAGGAAGCUCUGCAGUGCGCUGGCCGUUCUGGCCGUCUACGUUCUUCUUCGGAUCGGAGAGCUGGAGGACCACGACCACGGGCAUGGUUCCGACCACGGCCAUGGUGGCCAUGGCGGCCAUGGCGGCCACGGCCACUCUGGUCAUCACGAGCUGUGA